AGGAUCCUUUGGCCUCUUUGGCUCUCCACAUCGAGACUGAAAUUAAAAAAACCCUCUUUCCUCUCCUCAAGAUGGCUUCAUCCAUGGCGGCGGCGGCGGCGGCGGCGGCGGCCGCUACCACGGCCGCGAUUGCCUCCUCCAAGCCCUCGUCUGCUCCUUUCUCCGCCUUCUACCGCUUCCAUCCUCUCUCCACCCGACCUAUUCUCUCCCUCUCUUCGCGCCAACCCCAUUUUCGCCCCAUCUCCGCCACCGCGGACCGCCACCAGCCGCUGUCCGCCUCGGCGCCAACCGCCGCCCCCACCUCCUCCUCCCCAGCCCUCCGUGAAUUCGCCCCCGACGAGCCCCGCAAGGGCUCAGACAUCCUCGUUGAGGCGCUCGAAAGAGAGGGCGUCACCGACCUCUUUGCCUACCCUGGUGGUGCCUCCAUGGAGAUCCAUCAGGCCCUCACCCGUUCCCCUUCCAUCACCAACCACCUUCUCCGCCACGAGCAGGGCGAGAUCUUCGCUGCCUCCGGCUAUGCCCGCUCGACCGGCCGCCCCGGCGUGUGCAUCGCCACCUCGGGCCCUGGCGCUACCAACCUUGUUUCGGGCCUCGCUGACGCCCUUCUUGAUUCUGUUCCUCUCGUUGCCAUCACCGGCCAGGUACCCCGCCGCAUGAUCGGCACCGACGCUUUUCAGGAAACCCCCAUCGUAGAAGUCAGUAGAUCCAUCACCAAGCACAAUUACCUCGUCCUCAACGUCGAUGACAUCCCUCGCAUCAUCAAAGAGGCUUUCUUUCUCGCCACUAGCGGCCGCCCCGGUCCUGUGCUCGUCGACAUCCCUAAGGACAUCCAACAGCAACCCGCCAUUCCUAUUUGGGAUCCACCACUGCGCCUCCCUGGAUACAUUUCUCGCCUCCCUAAGCCUCCUGCACGUGAGUUGCUCGACCAAAUCAUACGCCUGGUGUCUGAGUCUCGUCGGCCCGUUCUCUAUGUUGGCGGUGGCUGCUUGAAUUCCAGCGAGGAGCUUCAUCAUUUUGCGGAACUUUUUGGCAUCCCCAUUGCAAGCACCCUGAUGGGUCUUGGCGUCUAUCCUACUGAUGGCGAUCUCUCAUUGAAGAUGCUGGGAAUGCACGGCACUGUCUAUGCCAACUACGCUGUUGAUAAAGCUGAUCUCUUACUUGCAUUUGGCGUGAGGUUUGAUGACCGUGUAACUGGAAAGCUUGAAGCUUUUGCAAGCAGGGCGAAGAUUGUUCACAUCGAUAUCGAUCCAGCUGAGAUCGGAAAGAAUAAGCAGCCGCAUGUUUCAAUCUGUGCCGAUGUGAAAUUGGCAUUGCAGGGGAUGAAUUCAUUGAUCGAAGCUAGUGGAAUCCAUAAAAAACUCAACUUUUCUGAUUGGAGAGAAGAGCUAGACCAGCAAAAGAAACUGUACCCGUUGAACUAUAAAACUUUUGGGGAGCUGAUUCCUCCCCAGUAUGCCAUUCAAGUGCUGGCUGAGUUAACCAAUGGGGAGGCAAUCAUUACCACCGGCGUCGGGCAACACCAGAUGUGGGCAGCUCAGUACUAUUCAUAUAAGAGGGCGCGCCAGUGGUUGACAUCGGCUGGACUAGGUGCCAUGGGAUUUGGAUUGCCAGCAGCAGCUGGUGCGGCUGUUGGGAACCCCGGUAUCACAGUUGUCGACAUUGAUGGGGACGGCAGUUUCCAGAUGAACGCCCAAGAGUUGGCAAUGAUUCGGAUUGAGAAUCUCCCUGUCAAGAUAAUGGUGUUGAAUAACCAGCAUCUGGGCAUGGUUGCACAAUGGGAAGAUCGGUUCUACCACAGCAACAGGGCACACACCUACAUAGGAAACCCAGCAAAUGAGGGCGAGGUAUAUCCUGAUUUCAUCAAAAUCUCUGAGGGGUACAACAUACCUGCUGCUCGUGUCACCAAGAAGAGUGAAGUCAGGGAAAGUAUCAAGAAGAUGCUGGAGACGCCUGGGCCUUACUUGUUAGAUGUGAUGGUGCCGCAUGAGGAGCAUGUGUUGCCUAUGAUCCCAAGCGGUGGUGCAUUCAAGGAUAUGAUCCUUGAUGGAGAUGGAAGAACACCACAUUAAUGCUACCUAAGAUAGGUGCUCGCUGCAUCCUCUAGCUAGUCGUGUCUAUUUGCUGGGCUGAAGGAUCCUUUUCAGCAGGUGCUAGUCUGUGAUCCUGUGUUCUUGUUUUUUCUCCACUAGUUAUCUAUGUUAACUACAAAGUUUGCUUGAUCUUUCCUUUAGAUGUGAUUUUAUUGGGAUGCCCCUGAUGCUUGCUUUCUGAGAGUUUAUAAAGAGAACUUGGAAUAAUUUCCUGA